AUGCGGGCCGCUUCGGCGGCCCCGGAUCCUCCGGUUUCUGCCCCUCCUGUCCCUGGGGAUGGGUUCCGGGUGGCCGGCGAGUCGCCUAUGGACGACUCGUCCGAGCAUCUUGAAUCGGAAUCUGAGGACAUUGUCCUCGGUUCCGAUCUCUCUCAGCUCGUGGCCCGGGCGAUGCCGCCCAUCCUUGAUCAUUUGGGGGUCUCUUAUGAGACUCCGUGCCGGGGUGGCUCAAGAGACGGAACCAUACGAGUUUGGUCAAUCCAACAUGGCGUGAUGGUGACUGCUUUCUACUUGCAUGUUCCCGUUGUUGAUCUGCGGAUGACCUUCAACGCUGAGCACAUCCUGGUUCAAGUGGAAGAGGGUGGGUGUGCUCCACUACUUUGCCUGCACAACAGCACUGCCGCGGAAAUUGAAUCACAAAGCCAAGUGAAUAUUGACAUGAAGGAUGAUUCCUCCAGCUCUACUACUUCUCCAAUCACAAUACCAAUGAAUAAACCUCCACCGCUGGAAAAGAAAAUCUCUUCCAUUCGGAUGCCAAAAAUCUCACGCAAGUCCACAUCUUCAGUUACUGAACCUUCAGAGAAAAAGAAGCACCCCAAGAACCGCCAUCAGAGUUACAGCGAUGGGAAUUCAAGUCCGGGAAAGGCCAAGAACAAGAGGUCAGGUGUCUGUGAAAUCAUAUAGGUGAUGAUAUGGUUGCAUGAUCAUUUAAUCAUCACAUGGUUGAGGGAUUGUGUGGUCACGUGAUCAGAUGACCUGCCUGCAACAAUGAGGCACACGUUAGGCUUC